GACAACCUGAGUCCCCUGUGGUUUCUUCUGGCUCUUUUGGCGAUGUUCCCUCUGUUUAGGAGGGCCUUGAGCCGCUUUUCGGUUCGCAGCUUUCAGCAAACUGUUGAAAGGCAGAACCACCAGGACAGGCUGCCUAAUUUUCACGAUAAGUAUGGCACCCCAAUAUUGCUCAGUGGAGCCACUUUCUGUCUUGCCAUUUGGGCAUAUGCGGCUACACAAAUUGGAAUUGAGUGGAACUUGUCCCCUGUGGGCAGGGUGGUCCCAAAAGAUUGGAGGAGCCAGUAAAGGAGAAAUUCCUUUUCAUCAAAGCUGGCCAAAG